AUGUGGUUAAUAUCCGCACAAAUUGGGAUUCCUUAUCUAAACAAAAAUAAACAAAAAGCCGCAAAUCUGGCUGACGCGGCUCCUCAGAAGUUGGUAAAGUUUCGAACGCGACUAGACGAAAAAAAAAAAAUGUCGACCGUAUUUAUCGGGAUUUUAGUGCUUUUUGUGACGACGAUACGGUGCGACGACCACACAAAGCGAUGCGUAAACAGGUGUCUCCAAACCAAAAACAACAAUCUGGAUAUUUAUUUGGAAUACAAAAAGGCCGUACUGCAAGUGCCCAUGAUGAUGACGUCACCGCCCUCGUUACCAGGUAAUACAUUGGAACGUCAUUUACGUCAUUUAGUUUCAGCAGCAGUGUCGUUGAGAGACUUUCAAGUGGAACCAGUCGAAGAAAGUUGCAGCUCAUUUAACUUCAACAAAACUCGCAACAACAUCAAAUGCAAACCUCGCCCUUUUAUACUAGACGUAGUCUCUUCUCAAGGCAAAGUAUUCCCAGACAAAAUCCUGACCAAACAGUGCGCGGGCUUUUGCACCGGAAACAAACGAUGCGCGCCGACGAAAACCGUCAACGUUUCAACGUCAGUUCAAAUUCUGUUGGCCGACAGGCGCGUGCGCUGUUCCACCAUUUUGGUACCGCGCGACGUCAAAUGCAAAUGUCAAUGCGCCACUUCGAGGAUGGACUGCAAUCGAAAUCAGGCGUUCGACAGAAAUAGUUGCGUUUGCGCUUGUACUAACAAGAACGAAGAAAAACACUGCUACACGAAAAUCGAAAAGUUCAGAUUGCACAUGUGGGACCCCAAGACUUGCUCGUGCGUCUGUAGAACGGAACAGCCGUGUUCCACAGGCAAAAUUUGGGACAAAAUUUUGUGCAGGUGCUCGAAAAAAACUUGA